CGCAGAGCACCGCCACGCCUGGUCUUCUGCGGUAGACGCGAGCGGGUCUAGUUUAGUGGAGCGGGCACGUCUCGAAGCGCGCUCCUCCGCUGCGGCGUCGAGGUCCCGGGUGAGCCGCAGCGGGCUAGUGCCAUGAUCCGACAGGACCUCUCCACAUCCUACCAGGAGCUCAGUGAGGAGUUGGACCAGGUCGUUGAGAACUCAGAGCAGGCGGACGAACGCGAGCCGGAGCCAGUCCAAGUCCAAGGUCCAGGGGUCUUGCCGGGUGUAGACAGCGAGUCUGCCUCCAGCAGCAUCCGCUUCAGCAAGGCCUGCCUGAAGAACGUCUUCUCCGUGCUGCUCAUCUUUAUCUACCUGCUGCUCAUGGCUGUGGCUGUCUUCCUGGUCUACCAGACCAUCACAGACUUCCGAGAAAAGCUCAAGCACCCUGUCAUGUCCGUGUCGUACAAGGAGGUGGACCGCUACGAUGCUCCAGGGAUUGCCCUAUACCCUGGUCAGGCUCAGCUGCUCAGCUGUAAGCAUCACUAUGAGGUCAUCCCACCUCUUGCCAGCCCUGGCCAGCCUGGAGACAGGAACUGCACUACCCAGAGAAUCAAUUACACGCAUCCCUUCUCCAAUCAUACCAUGCAGUCAGCCCUGAUUGUCCAGGGGCCACAGGAAGUAAAGAAGCGGGAGCUGGUGUUCCUCCAGUUCGGCCUGAACCAGAGCAGCGAGGACUUCAGUGCCAUCGACUAUCUGCUCUUCUCCUCUUUCCAGGAGUUCAUGCAAAGUCCAGACAAGGCAGGCUUCAUGCAGGCCUGCGAGAGCGCCUACUCCAGCUGGAAGUUCUCAGGAGGCUUCCGCACCUGGGUAAAGAUGUCACUGGUGAAGACCAAAGAGGAGGACGGGCGUGAAGCUGUUGAGUUCCGGCAAGAGACCAGCGUGGUUAAUUAUAUUGACCAGAGGCCGCCCACUGAGAAGAGUACUCAGUUGUUCUUUGUGGUCUUUGAAUGGAAAGAUCCCUUCAUCCAGAAGGUCCAGGAUAUAAUCACGGCCAAUCCUUGGAACACCAUCGCACUCCUCUGUGGAGCUUUCCUUGCAUUAUUUAAAGCAGCUGAGUUUGCCAAACUAAGUGUGAAGUGGAUGAUCAAAAUCAGGAAACGAUACCUAAAAAGAAGAGGUCAAGCAACAAACCACAUAAGCUGAAGCUGCUUUGUCACAGCAUUCCGAACUGAUGGAAGCCUUAUCCUCCCGUUGACAAACCGAGCCACCAGCAAUCCUGUACUCACUUGAAGGGAAGGACAGUCUUUCAAACUGGAUGGUCAAACCUGGCCCAGGAGGAGGCUGUUCUGAGCCCACAGGCAAACACCCAGUGAAUAACCUGAAACUUAUUUAAAUCCUUAAAUUAUUAACAGACCUUUUACAGAGCUGUUCAGUGCCUUGGAGAGAGGGUUGUGGAAGGCAGCUUCUUCCUAUUUGUCCAUUAAAUAGUUAAGCUCCAGGUUAAGACUCCCACUUUACCUUAGUUUUUAUUUAUUUUUUUAAAGUGGUCUGGUAUGCCCUGCAUACAAAAUUUGUCAUGACUUUCACACCAUCCACUGUAGUUACUUAAUACCUUAUCAGUUCUUAGAUGACUAUUUUAAAUGUAGGCCCUGGUGGAACUCUCUAUGUAGACCAGGCCUGCCUCUGCUUUCCCAUUGCCGGGAAUAAAAGCCUCUAUCACCAUGCCCAGCCUUACAUAAGACUUUAAAGAAUACCAGAAUCUAGCAAUUACAUUUCUAAUGGACUAUGUGGACAACAGUGUGAGCUCAGUGGUCACUGUUGGAAGCGUUAGCACAGAUGUAUAUAAGUAGGCACCUACUUAGUCUAUCUUGAUUUCAUUAACAGAUAAAUAAAGUUGGGCUAAUACAAAA